AUGGCCACGACGCAGCAACCCAACUACCCCGACAAGGCGCGCGUCGCCGAGGCCUGCUCUGAGAUCGCGGCCUACCCGCCGCUGAUCUUUGCCGGCGAGUGCCGCACGCUGCAGGACCGCCUCGCGCGCGCGGCGCGCGGCGAGGCGUUCAUCCUGCAGGGCGGCGACUGCGCGGAGGCCUUCUCGCAGUUCAGCGCGAACCGCAUCCGCGACACGUACCGCGUGCUGCUCCAGAUGAGCGUGGUGCUGAUGUUCGGCGGAGGCGUGCCCGUGGUGAAGCUAGGGCGCAUGGCGGGGCAGUUCGCCAAGCCGCGGUCGGCGGAUAUGGAGGACAAGGACGGCGUCAGCCUGCCCUCCUACAGGGGUGACAUCAUCAACGGCCCCGAGUUCACCUCGGAGGCGCGCGUGCCCGACCCCUUCCGCCUGGUGCGCGCGUACAACCAGUCGGCCGCCACCCUGAACCUGCUGCGCGGCUUCUCCACGGGCGGCUACGCGGGGCUGACGCGCAUCGCGCAGUGGAACCUGGACUUUAUGCAGAACAGCGAUGAGGGCAAGGCCUACAUGGACCUGGCUAAGGUGGGCAGGGCGGCGGGGCCGGCCACAGGGGCCCCUGGGGCGCAGCCCCCAGAGUGUGGGGAGGGGUGGGGGCGCCCCACGCGCCGUGCUCUACGGCCGUCCUGCGGCCGCGGGGAGGGGGGGCUGCGGCGGCGCGGCUGGGGCUGGGGCUUGGGCGUGCGUGAGUAG